CUACAGAACAGCCUCCCACUGACAGCGGCACCGACACAGACCAGCCACACCCCAGCUCCAACACCCACCAGCCCCAACUCUACCUCCUCCAGUCCAGAAGAAACACUGGCUGAGAUUGUCCUGUUGAUGGACUCAAAUGGGAAGUUUGUUCAGGAGAAUAAACUUUUCCCUAGACACAAAACGAGAAAGGUGUGGUGCCCAACAACGCAGAGUGCCAUGGCGCUGCUUGAUAAGGCCCAGCUCGGGUCGCCAAGCCACAUAAUCAUACACACCGGAAGCAACGACCUGCGUGCUCAACAGGAGAGGGUGGCAACUUCACUACGGGGAGUAAUUGAGAAGGCCUCCGCAAUCUUCCCCAACUCAAGGAUCGUGGUGACAACCCUUCUACAGAGGAAAGACUUCCACCCUGCCACAAUCCAAAGAAUAAACGCCAGCCUCUCCCGGGACUGUGCCCUGCGACCCAAUGUACACCUGGCCCACCAUCCCACCCUCGAUCUGGACUGUCUCUAUGACCAUGUUCACCUGUACAGGGAGACAAUCCCCAUCCUUGCUAAAACUCUCAAGGACGUCGCUUUAAACCGCAUCCCAACCUCUCCACCCAGGAACAGCAGAGCAAUCUCCACCCCCCCCCCCGAGAUCACCGAGACAACACCCCGGACCAGCACCCUGGACCCCACAGUCACAGCCACAGCACCACCAACCUCAAUGCCCACAACAUCCAGCGCAGCACAGACCACCCCAGCCCAGCUUCAGACCCACCCAGACGAGGCCUAACACCCCCCUCCCCCCCACCGCAGAACAACACUUGGAGGAGCCACAGCCCGGCAGACAGAGCUAUGCACAAGCUGUGAGAGGAGCAAUUGGUCCAGCUCCCACCAACGAAAUGAGUGACAUCAAACAAAUGCUGAAUCUACUAUGCUCACGUGAUAGGCCGAGGGUC